AUGACGCGAACCAUCACCUCGUGGAACAAGAAUCACAAUUUAUUCGAAUAUACUUCCGGCCGCUUCCUGUUCAACGAGGACAUUCGGCGGACCGAACGUCGCGUGCAAUUCGACGUGGAUGCCCUCGUCAGCGCUCUGUGCUGUGCCACCAAGCGACCUGCCAGUGACCUGGCUGGCAUAUCAAAACUAGCCGAAGGGGGUUUCAACCGCGUGCUUGAAGCUACCUUCAUCGACGGUUAUGAGGUGAUUGUCAGACUUCCAUACAGGAUAACCGUUCCGAAAUAUCUUGCUACAGCGAGUGAGGCGGCUACACUGGAUCUGCUUCGGCACAAUGGUGUUCCAGUGCCAAAGGUGCUUGCGUAUUCCGCGGACGAAUCAAAUCCUGUCGGCACAGAAUACAUUAUGCUCGAGAAGCUCGAAGGGACACCCUUGAGCGAACAAUGGUUUUCUAUGAAUAAUAAAAGCAGAGCCAAAAUUGUGAAACAGAUUGUGGAGGUGGAGAAAAAACUCAUGGCGAUCCCUUUUCCCGCAAGUGGAAGUUUGUUUUAUCGCAAGGACCUCGGAGAGUCGCAAUUGAUCGUCCCAAUCACUGGACAAUCCGAUCAGGUCGUCCUUGGUCCUACUGUGCAAUAUGAGUGGUGGUACCGUGAGCGCAGUCUAUUGGAUGUUGACCGUGGCCCUUCGUACUGUCAACGCUACGGCAAACCUCGUCUUCACGUUGAACGCUACCUACGGGAGCUGCAUCAGUUCAAAGCAAUGUCGCCAGCCGUUCACACUCGUCUUCUCUCUGAUUACUUAAAGCUAGCGCCUUAUCUGGACAUUCCGUCCGACCAUCCUCUGGCGCGGCCGGUCCUUCGUCAUCCAGAUUUUUCGCCGAAUAAUAUAUUGGUCAACUCCUCGAAUGACAUCGUAGGAAUCAUUGACUGGCAACAUGCCGUGGUCCUACCUCUAUGCUUAUGCGCUGGUAUACCCGAUCACUUCCAAAAUUGGGGUGAUCCGAUAUCAGAGACCCUUGCAAAGCCAGAAACCCAACUACCAGAGAAUUUCGAGUCUCUUGACCGAAGCGAGCAAGAGCUGAUUCAGGAGACCAUGCGAAGACGCCUUGUCCAUUUCUACUAUGCUGCACUAACCAUGCGGCAAAUGCCGGAGCACUUUGACGCUCUGAGAGACGAGAAUUCGAUGCUGCGGGCAAAGCUUUUCAACCGUGCGGGGGCUCCUUGGGAAGGCGACUCGCAGUCUCUGAGAUAUGCGAUCAUGCAAGUUUGUAAAAACUGGCCCAUGCGUAUUGGUAACUCGGGUCCGGCUCAACCAGUUGACUGUCCUGUGCACUUCGCGGAAGAAGAGAUGCUGCAAUGCACGAAAGACCAUGAUCAGGAGCAGGAAAAGCUGCAGGAGCUUGCGGAAAUGAGAGAAAUCAUAGGUAUUGAUGCCGUGGGUUGGGUCCCUGACGACGAGCAUCUUGAAAAAUCAAGAGCCAUCGCACAGUCUAUUAAGGCGGGCUUGAUGGAACACUCGAAGAGUGACCUCGAGCGGACUGCCGUACUCGAUCAUUUUCCUUUCGACGAUCAUGACGAAGAGGUUUGA